AUGUCCACUCUCGAACACUUCGAAUUCCUUUCUCUCUUUUCAACCACUGCCACCACUGCCAACUCGAGUAACACCACAACAACCACCUCUCCCUUUGGUGAUUACAACAUUGUGGUCAUUUCCCUCAAUUCUCCUUUCGUCCUUAUCUUUGGAAUUCUUUUUCUCUCAUCAGUCAUUUCCUAUCUCGUUCAACACAAUACCAUGAAGAGAAAUCAACACAUUUUGUUUUCCAUUUUGUUUGUGUUGGAAAGUUUGGUGUGUGUUAACAUGUUGACUAGAAUUGCGAGUGAAGUGGCCAUGUUGCAUCCAGUUCCUUCAGAAGGAAGAGUCGCCAGUGUGGUCAUUAAGAUUUUUGAUCGAUGUUUUGUGAAUAUGGCUAUUUAUGUUGAAGUUGUGUUGAUGGCUCAUAUUUGUUUUAUGUUUGCAGAGACAUGUCGAGCGAUUAACACAUUUAGUGACGUGACUUUUGGUAGAAUCAAAAAACUCAUCAUUUCAUUUCUCUUCAUUCUUGGAUUCUUAUUUGUUGCUUUUUGUGCAUUCACAAUAUUGAUGGGUGCUCUUUCGAUUGCUAAAUUACCAAUUGAUAAUGCUGCUUUGAAUUAUGCAACCCUUGCUCUCUUUUUAUGUGCUGCAGCAUUGUUUUUUGGUUCGACUGUGACAGUGUCCAUUCUCCUCAAUAUUGUCGGAAGAAAACUUUCUCAAUCAUUGCAAGACAGCAAACGCCGAAUUAAGAACAUGUUAAAAUCUGCCACUUCGACCACCGUCAACACCACUUCGACUACAACUCUUUCUAAAGACCACCACUCGAAGGAGAAUUUAGAACAAGAAAAAGUCAAGAGUGUGGAACAAAUUAGAAAUUACAAAUUCAAAAAAGUUGCUCUCAGAAAAGCAAUGGCCAUUCAAUAUGGACUCACUUUCAGUUUAUUCUUUCAAUUUAUUGGAUUUAUUUUCAUUCCAAUUUCAUUGAGUUGGAAUUAUUCAAUGAAUUUCUUCCACAUGUUGUACAAUAUUGGAAUUUUGGUAUUUAUUGUGUUGAUUUUAAGUAUUUAUCAUCCAAUGAGAGAAGUUCAGAAAUUGUUUAGAGCUGACUCAGAAAAGAAUUUACAACUAUUGACUGCAAACAAUGCCUCCAGUAAGCACUUGUCCACAACCAAUUCUGCAGACAGUAUGGGAUCGAAACAUUCCCUAUCCAUGUCACCAAGUAAUACUUGUGAGAUGUUGUCGAUUGAGAAUAACAAGACAUUGUGUGCCAAUUUUGUAGAACCAAUUACAUCUCCAAUGAGUGAUAUUUCAACUUCAGAUUUAUCUGGCACAAGUGUGUAA